AUGCUGUCGAGCUUGGGAGCUUUCGCCAGUCUGUUACCCUGGCAAGAAUUGCUUAGCUCGCGCGAUGCCGUGCCGCGUCUCGCUUUGGAAGAGCAGCGUAAGCUGCGGGAAGAAGCAGACCGCCAAGCCUACCAGCUUCAGCAACAGCAAGAGCAGGAGCGUCUCGCUUUUGAACAGCUACGCGAGCUGCAGGAAGAAGCAGACCGCCAAGCUUACCAGCUUCAACAACAGCAGGAGCAGGAGCGUUUCACUUUUGAAAAGGAACGCGAGCUACAAGAGGAAGCAGACCGUCAAGCUUACCAGCUUCGACAACAGCAAGAGCAGGAGCGUCUCGCUUUGGAAGAGCAGCGUCUCGCUUUGGAAGAAGCAGACCGCGCACGCGCCCAUCAGCUCCAGCAGGAGAAGGAGGCUGGGUCGCAGCCAAUGGCGGACUUCGACUUCAACACAAUGCCUACGCUAGCUACAGCAAACCUCGCUCGGCCUAGCCUAACGCCGAUCUUCAACCCAUUCGCCACGCCCAUCACUGCAGCAAACCCCGCUGUGCUCAGCCUGGUGCCGCCGAUCCAGUUCGGAACGAGCACGUCUCCGCGGCCAACGGUCAACCCAAUAUCAUUCGGGUUAAAGGGGCCGUCGGUACCUACGUAUCCGUCGGAUAUCGACUCGCCGAAGCUCAUAGUAGAGUCGAGCUUCCUGAGCGGAGAAGCACUGAAGACAGUGAACGACUGCAAGUAUGAGCAUGUUGGCUGGAAGGUCAAAGCAUUGGUCCAGAACAGGUCCGCCGACAAGCUCGCCGAGGCCAAGGCAGCCGAGGAAUUGGCAGCCGAGGAAUUGGCUGCCGAGGCAGAGCAGAAACCCCGCAGGGCCGAGGAGGCCGACAGGCUUUACUGUCAGAGUCUUGCAGCUACACUCAUGGCAGAAAAUGCUAGAUUAGACGCGGAGGCCGCGCAGGGCUACGAGGAGCGGCUCAGCAUUCCCGAUGUGCCGCCGACGCCCGACUUCUCCCAUGGCAGCGGUAUAGUUCCCGUAGACGAGGAGGACGACUUGGAGGCCAUGUGGCAUAUGGAUGCUGCAGAAGAAGCCGCCGCCGCCGCCGCCGCCACCAACAACUAG